AUUUUUUAAUUAAAAAAACGGAUAUUAAAAAGAAAAAAAUUCUACACCCCACUUCGGGAAAAAAAAAAUUGGGAAGCUCAUCUCUCUGCUACGGCGACGGAGGCCGUGCACCGUGGUGGUUCACCUUCUCCGAUCCCUCCGAUCACCUCGAAAAAUCCAUGAUAUAUAAACUUGUCAAAAAGCAGUAUGAGCGACGACAUAUUUGACGGACAAAUAUUGGCAGAGAAGUUGUUGAAACUCAACAAUUCACAACAAAGCAUUGAAUCAUUGUCCCGUUGGUGCAUUCCUCACCAGAAGAGAGCAAAGGAUAUCGUUGAAAUAUGGGAUAAAUUGUUCAAUGAAUCCCAGAAAGAGCAGCGUGUCUCUUUUUUAAACCUGGCCAAUGACAUCUUGCAAAAUAGCAGGCGGAAAGGUAGUGAGUUUGUCAAUGAAUUUUGGAAAGUUCUUCCAGCAGCUCUCAGGUGUGUUUAUGAAAGUGGUGAUGUACAUGGAAGGAAAGCAGUGAACAGACUUAUUGACAUAUGGGAGGAGAGGAAGGUUUUUGGGUCGCGAAGUCAGGGUCUUAAGGAUGAACUGAUGAGUAAGAAUCCCCUUCCUUGCUCUGCAAGCAAUGGAAAAGGUUCCGAUUCUAUCAAGAUAGUGAAGAGGGAUGCCCACUCAGUGAGAAUAAAACUGGCUGUUGGGUGUUUGCCAGAAAAAAUACUAACAGCAUUUCACUCUGUUCUCGAUGGACAUCUUGAUGAGGAAGCUGCCUUGAAUAAGUGUAAUGCUGGUGUACAUGAUGUGGUUAAACUCUUGGAAGAUGUCGACAAAACAUUGGCUCAAGGGAACCAGCUGGGAUCCACUUUGGUGAAUGACUUGCAAGAGCGGGAAAAGGAGCUUAAGCAAUAUAUGGAGCAACUCGAAAAUGCCGAUGCUGCCAGGACUUCUUUGCUUUCUCAGCUUAAAGAUGCACUGCAGGAACAAGAAUCAAAGCAAGAGCUUGUUCGUGCUCAGUUACUAGUUGUACGAGGCCAGAUUGAGAAAACAGCUGGUAUCAGGAAGUGGCUUGACCAAACAACACAAUCCAUGCGGCCAUCAGUUCAACCAAACAACACCACUUCUCAACCUGAUUUUACGCAAUCUUCUGCAUCAUUUUCACCUUUUCGAACUUCUGAAGAAGAUAACAAGAAGGCAGCAGCAGCAGCUGUUGCUGCUAAGCUCGCUGCCUCUGCAUCAUCUGCUCAGAUGCUUGCAUCUGCUUUUUCUUCUCUAGUAGCUGAAGAAGCUGCCUCCAUGAAUAGUAGCUUAAAUUCCAAGGCAUUUACAUCAGGAUUACCUGUUUUCAACCCAGAGAAAAGGCCCAGAAUUGAAAAAUCAUCACCUGUUUCUGAUGUUAACAGUUCCGAUACAGCGAGCUCUUCCUUUUUCACCACUUUACAACAGCCAUCAUUAACAAAUCCACAGUUUGUCCCGUCAGCCAACUUGCAAACCAUGCCUCAAGUCAACCAAUUACAAGCUGCAUUUGCUUCAGCACCCCUUCCCCCUCAGUAUGUCCAAUCAACUGGUUUCAUGGAUGGAACAAUUCCUUACGGAUAUGUAUCAAAUAACCUACCACCUCCACCUCAUUUUCCUCCAAAUGCUGCACCUAGCUCUCAACCAGCACAGCAGCAACAGCAGUCAUCGCCGGGAGGAUUUUACAGGCCACCUGGCAUUGGAUUUUAUGGGCAAAGCCACCCGUCACCGCCACCACCAGUUCAUAGGCAGUGAGCUCUGUUCAAAGAAAAUCAGCCAACAUUGCGGCAAAAUCUUUAUACCUUGUUCCUCUAGGAAAUUACUGUAGGCUGAGGUUUUUCUUUGAUACUGUAUAAUGAUGUAAAUGAUUAGAUAUUAUAAAUUUGGCUAGAGUUCAUUUGUAUCCUUAAAUACCCCUUGUUUUUUUGCCUACUGCCUAAAUGCUAGGUGGGCAGGCUUUUGACUUCAUAGAGUCACUUGAGAUCUUCAUCAGUGUUAACUAAUAACUACUGUUUGAAAGAAAGUACCUUGAGUAUAUAUAUCGUAUUCAUUGAAUCAAAAA